AUAAACCGGGUGACAGAGUCAGAAAACUCCCCAGCUAAAUACCCAUAAGACUUCAUACAACACAAUACUCUAUAUUGUGAUGAUCACAGCAGCCAAGGCUACCUAAAAGAAGACAGUUAUCUCAUAUUUGGCUACCAGCUUUUUAUCUUUCUCUCAAUCACUUAAAACUUCAGACUUCCUCUCCUGCUGGUAUCAUGGAGAAAGUCCAAUACCUCACUCGCUCAGCUAUAAGAAGAGCCUCAACCAUUGAAAUGCCUCAACAAGCACGUCAAAAUCUACAGAAUCUAUUUAUCAAUUUCUGUCUCAUCUUAAUAUGUCUCUUGCUGAUCUGUAUCAUCGUGAUGCUUCUCUGAAGUUCUGCUACAACCUCUAGAUCUGCAACUUGCCACAUCAGCUUAAAAUCUGUCAUCCCAUGCAGACGGGAAAACAAUACUGUAAAACAGACCACUUCCUGAGUAGAAGAGUUUCUUUGUGAAAAGGUCAAGAUUAAGACUAAAACUUAUUGUUAGCAAAUGUAUUCAUCUGCUGGAUCUUGUAAACAUGAAAAGGGCUUUAUUUUCAAAAAUUAACUUUAAAAUAAGUGUAUAAAAUGUAACUGUUGAUUUCCUCAACAUGGCUCACAAAUUUGUAUCCCAAAUCUUUUCUGAAGAUGAAAUAAGAGUUUAGUUUUGAAACUGCACUGCCAACAAGUUCACUUCAUAUAUAAAGCAUUAUCUUUACUCUUUUGAGGUGAAUAUAACUUAUAUUACACUGUAAAAGCUUCUUUAAUACUAUUUUUCAAGUCUUCACCAAGUAUCAAAGUAAUAACACAAAUGAAGUGUCAUUAUUCAGAACAGUCCACUGACUCCUCACAUCUGUUAUCUUAUUAUAAAGAACUCUGUAGUAACUCUUUGUAGUAACAUUCUAAAACAGAAAUUGCAUUUUUGCUAUGCCACAUUAACAUUUUUUAAAGUUGAUGAGAAUCAAGUAUGGAAAAGUAAGGCCAUACUCUUACAUAAUAAAAUUACUCUUAAGUAAUUUUUUCAAAGACUCACAGAAUUCUAGUACCUGUAGGUAAACCAUAAAUCUGUUCUAAGACAUAUGAUCAACAGAUGAGAACUGGGGGUUAAUAUGUAACAGUGAGAUUAGUCAUAUCACUGAUAUACUAACAGAAUAGAAUCUAAUCUUCAUUUAAGACACUGUAGUGAAUUAUCUGACCUAGAGUUACCUAGUUUACCACGCUGUAUCUUUUGAAUCAUGAAACCUUAAGACUUCAGACUGAUUUUACAGGUUGUCUUCCAUUCCAACCUAACAUCCAAUGCAGGCAAGGAAAAUAAUACAAGAUUUCCAGUGACAAAAAAAAAUAUUAUCUCAAGUAUUUAAAAAAAAUAAAAAUAUGAAUUCUCUCUCCAAAUAUUAACUAAUUCUUAGAUUAUAUUUUGAAAUGAACUUGUUGGCCCAUCUAUUACAUCUACAGCUGACCCUUGAAUAUGGGGGUUAGGGGAGCUGACAAUCCAUGGGUCUGCAAAAUCUUAACUACCUAAUAGCCUACUGUUGACCAUAAACCUUACUGAUAACAUAAACAGUAAAUUAACACAUAUUUUGCAUGUUAUAUGUAUUAUACACUGUAUUCCUACAAUAAAGUAAGCUAGAGAAAAGAAAAUGUUAUUUAGAACAUUGUAAAAAAGAGAAAAUAUAUUUACUAUUCAUUAAAUGGAAGUGGGUUAACAUAAAAGUCGUCAUUCUCAUUGUCUUCACAUUGAGAGGAGGAAGAGAAGGAGAAAGACGGGGAGGAAGAGCAGGGGUUGGUCUUGCAAUCUUGUCUUAGGGGUGUGGAGAGUGGGGAAAAAGAAUAUUCAUGUAUAAGUGGACCCUCGCUAUUCAAGCCCUUGUUGUUCAAGGGUCAACUGUAACAGGAGAUAGCUAUUUUUCUUCAUCUAUCAACCAAAUGGCAAGCAUCUAUUUCGUAGGCCACUCUACUGAGCUUAAUUAUAGAUGCAGCAAUGUUACCUAUAAUUAUUUUCUUGAUGAAUAAAUUUUCAAUUUCUCCUCUGA